AUGGAGACUCUCAUCUCGGCGCGGUCUUCCAUGUUGGGCAUUCCCUUCAUUCCUCACCUCCCGAGCAGUUCUUCCGCGGGUUUCGGUUUCUCCUGCAACUUCUACCCCGCCCUCGCCGGGAAGUGGCCUCUUCGGUCUGCGGGAGGUCGUGUGUCUUUGAGCUCGAGGUCGGAUGAUCAGAUCGGGCCGCUUGAUUCGAGCGCGGUGGACGUCAUUGCCAUUGGGAGCAGGAAGGACGCGUUCAUAGAUUUCUGUCUGGACUCGCCAUUGGUGAACUCAUCUGGAGCAAGGUUUUGGUACGUGUUCCGUAACUUAUAUGUUGCGUUGGUUCAGAGGAAGUUGACCUGUUCGAAAUUUCAACUGCCGUAAUCUCCCUGGACGCCAUUGGAGAGGAAAAAGGGACAGACAUUAAGAACCGAUUAAUUUGACGGAUUCAUGACAAUCCGCUUGGCCAUUCUACUGUAGGUCUUAGAAACCGGAAUGCGGAACUCUGUGGCUGAACUUGUCUUAUAUAGAUUCUUGACAAAGUUGUCUUAUAUUACUAUCCUUAUCAUGUCGCCUAGAAAGUCAAUUGAACAAGCAUGUCAUCUGUUUCUUAAUCUCCCGGCAUCUUUGCCAGAGGCUCGUGUGAAUGUCACUCAGGCAAUGGUACAUUUUGACCUUAAUAUCAGGAUUAGGGGAUGAUGGCUUGUCAUUGUAACCACGCAAAUAGAAUGUUAAGCUUGGGCGAAUAAACAUGGAUUUUCUUUCUUCACUUUCUUACUUUCUAUGAGACUCACUAGAUGCGUUGGAGAAUUGGGUGAUCGAUUUCCUUUCUUUAGGAUAUAGACAUAGGAUAUUAUUUUUACUUGGAUCGUUAAUUAAUUGGUUCGCGGAGAUCACUAAGUAUUUUCGUCUUUCAUUUUUGUUCAUUUUGAAUGGGUUUGGGGAGAAGUUUAAAUUGUUUUUUAGCCUGCAUGUCACAUUCAAGGUUUAGUCAUUUAUGUGAUCAUUUAUUCCUACACAAGCGUUUCACCCUCAAGAACCAGCCAUUACAAGAAUUGCUUCGAGAAACUGAAACUUUCCAGAGAAGAUUAAACGAUAGAAGAUUAAGAUACAUCUUAUUUUCUUAUUUUCCAGAGACCGGAACUGCAUGAUCUUUGCAAAUGCAAAAGCCAAUUAGUGUAUAGCUUCAUACUUUCUUCCAUCAGUUCGGCAAACAGUAGCUAUGAUUAAAAUCUCAGAACUCCAAGAUUUUGUCAAGGGAGUACUUGAUAACGUGGAAACUUAGACAUAGGGUAUGGUCUUCAUUUCCCACAUCUUCCAUACUUGAAAGUGUCGUUAUGUUAUCAUUGAUGCUAGGGCUUUCACUAUCUUACCUAUGGCAUUUUAUAAUGUGUAUGUAUCCAAUGGGUGCAGGGCUUAUUAUCAUAUGAUUUUCAUUGGGAUUCUGGGUGCUUUAGUGUUGUAUUUUUCUCAUUACCUCCAUAAAUAAUUUGAAGUACUUCCAUAUAAGUAUUUCGGAGAUACUUUGGCUCCAUCUUUGUAAGGGCAAAGAUAUGAUGUGCUCUUGGUUUUUGUUACUUUCUCUAUUGUCGUUGAUUUGUUUCUUAUCUACAGUUGUGUAACAUGUAUGUUUCUAAUCCUGGAGAUGGUUUUGUGUAGCUAUGUUGUGGCAUAAUGUCCAUCUUUCUAGCGGGCUACUAGUCAUAUCCCCCCUCUUUCCUUCAGAAGAUGCAACAUCAUAUAAAGAAGAAGAUACCUGUGACCUAACAAAUACUCUUGUGCUCUUGAUUCACUUGCCCCUGCGUUCGUAAAUAUCUGGCCUAUAUUUUCCAUUGUUUGUCUAUCUCUUGCAUUGUGUUCAUGCUACCCAGGUUUUAUGGUGUUUCAUGAUGCUUUGAGUUGAUCAUAGAGUGUCCCUGAAGUUAAUUUGCACAUAAAUUUUUGUUAUUGUUCCUUCGGUUCUCCUCAUUAUUCUGUGGUAUUUGUUUUCCAUUCUGGUUUGUUUGAAAGGUGAGCAACGAGUGAUUUCUACCAAUUUAUGAGAAUAUUUAUUAUUACUUUUUUUAGGACAAUUCGUACGAGAGAUUCCUUGAGGGUGCAGCUAUCACAAAGAUUUUCUGGAAAAGGUGUGUUAUUUAAUCUACAAGAUUCGUCCUUUAAUCCUCAAACAGUUUUACUCAUUUCUAAAUAAAUGCUAUUGCCUUUUACGUUAUGAAGUCUAAUUGAUUUUAAUGUGAUGUUUUCUUGAUGUUUUAUUCAUAAUGCAUGUUUUGUGUCUUAUUUUCAGAUACUUUGCCAAGGAUCGUUGACUUUCCACUCUCACCGCAGUCAUGCCCUUCAGCUACUAUCCUUGUUUGUACAUUUCUCACCUAGUGUUGCUCGUCCUUAUUUUGCCAUUUCUUCAACUAUAUGUUGUACUUGAAUUUUCACAAUGAAAUUCGUGUUGUUGUUCUAAGAUAUAUGAAGGAAUUUAUGAACUAUUUCAUAUAAUUUCUAGGUUGCAAGUGCUGGGCAUGAUAGAGAUCAUAUUGCUGCAAUAACGCUUUUAAAUGCUGUUAAAUCAGCGGGCGGUUUAGCUAUUGCUGUUCUUAUCAGACCAUUCAGCUUUGAAGGACAAAGGCGCCAGCUAGAGGUUGUGCUGAUUUAUAAAAAAAUAUUCUUAUAUUCUUUAGCUGUGGGGUCAUCUCUGCAAACGCUAUGUGCUGAAUGGUGCCACGAUAGAAAACCAUUUACAUCACUUGGUGACGAGAUGCAUCUACAACGUUUGUGCGAUUGCCAUUUCCUGAAAAUAACGUUUCCUUUACUUUUAUCGCCUAAGAAUAUAUGCCUGAAUAAUGUUUUUUAGAUUCCCCUUGUAUUCUCUUGCUAUUGAUUAAUGUUGAGUUAAUAACAGGUUGACGACUUGUCAAAGAAGCUUCAGGAUUGCUCAAUAUUCUACGGUGGUAGGUCCUUCAGCUACACUGUUAACUUGACUUCCCUUUUUGUGUAGUUUCUUGUUUGCUAUCGUAAAUCCCUUGCCUUCAAAUUCCAGCAUUCUCUCUGAUUGUUUGAAGGAGUCCUCCUUAAUAAUGCAUCAUGUGCAAUGUCCUGGAAUUCUGGAAUUGUUCUAUUUUCCAGCCCAUCUUAUUAACGAGUAUGUAGAUUAUAAAGCAAUGGUAUUUUGGACUUCAUUUCCUACCGCACAAAGGUAUAAAGCUAAUGGAGUAAAGCUCGGCUAUCUAGAUUAUCUCCUUGUGGUGUCUUAUAAGUUGAUAUUCUUUUCUCCUUUAUUGUAUUCUUAUGCCUGUAUGGUUGUGUGUGCGUGUGCGUUAUUUUGUUCUGCCUGCACAAAGAUAUGGAACGUACUGAGGGAACCACAUUUUACAUGCCUGAAAUCUAGGUAUCAUUGAUGGGUGCUAGGUAUGAAAUUUUACUUGUCACCUUAGAGGAAGAAUAGUACCAGAAAAGGUAAUGGUCAGGGCACGAAACUGUAUGAAAGUGAAGAGACUCUAGGCCCUUGAACUAGAAAAAUAUGAGACUAAACUGUGCCCAUGACACUUUUUAUAGUCUUCUUUGGGAUUAAGGACCCACCAGUGCAUUUUUUCCCAAAUUUGCAAAAUAUCGCACCACUAAUAUUCUUUUUUUUAAAAUGGAUCAGCGUGCCUGUGCAUAUUCUUUUUCCUCCUGCCAUGCUUGUAUACCUUAUAGUUAUCAGGAAGUGUUCUAUUUUAGCUAACCGUUUGUUCUUUCCAUUUUUGAGAAGUGGUGGAAACGGAUUAUUUGCUUAAAACGGAAAUGGAAACCCUUGAUGAAGCUUUAAAGAGUUCAAACAAUGCUGUGUUAUUGACUAUUAGUACAAUCUCUGCUCUCACUUCAGUAAGUCUGUUUUCUAUUACUUUAUCAGUUCCCGUGUUAAUUAUUCUGAGUUUUAGGCGUUAUUUUGGCAUCAUCUAGGAAUUAAAUCAAAAACUCCUUGCUGCACCAAAUGAACAAAUUAUGGAACUCAAAGCUUCAGAGGUUGUGAAGGUGCAUUCUCGUAACUUUCGUGCCUAUACCCUUCUGUUUUCUGUUAUUAUUAAUUUUUCCUCUGUUAGUAUGUAGGUCACGUUUCUGGCAUAUAGUCAAUCAUGGUGUGCUUAUUACUGCGCGCUAAUUUUUCGGGUGAAUUUUUGGACGAAUCGAAUAAUAUAUAAUGUCUUGAUAUUUUGUAAUGCUGUCAUUUUAUGACUUCUGCCCUUGCCUGAGUAUUUGUUAGCUAUUUCAUAUACAUUCUAAUGAUUCUGUCGUAUCCACAGCUUGUAAAAUCAUAUGGAGAAAUGAAAGUUGGCUUUGGUACUGGGUACAACAUCAAAUCAUCAAUUACACAGGCUGCUCUCCGUUGUCCAUUCCUUGGUGGGGGUCUGAAGGUUGUCUUUACUCUUUUGACAUGGCAUUUUCAAACGUCGUUGCCCUUUCAUUUGAAGUUGGCUUCAGUUAUUUGCUUAUGUUUGAAGAAACUUUGGCACCUGUCUUGUUUUAUGCUGGGCCUCUGUCAUAUGGCGAUAAAAUGGUCAAUUCACAUGGUGGUGCUUCAAGUCUUCCUGGUUACUUGGGAUCAAAAACAUAGUCGACCACAAGCUGAGUAUGAUCAUCUAUGUAAUUUCAUGGCAGCGCUGCAAGAGUCAUAAAAAGGAUACAAUUAUUUUCAGACAAUCUGCGCUUUUUCGUUUCAUUUCAGUUCUUUAUAAGUAGAAAGAUCAAACUCAGUAAGGCAUGAAUCAUUUCUGAUUCUUUAAAGUUUCUGUUAAAAAAGUUGGGUAGAAUCUUGUCACUAAAGUGAAGUAACUCAGUGACAUUAGGUGGUUAAGCUGCACAGAUAACAGAAUCAUAGUCUUCAUUAAGAAACUGUUUCAUUUGCCCAUUAAUUCUGUCGCUUGUAAAAGUUAAUGACCAAUACUUAGUUAAUCUUUGGUGUUGCAGCCUCUUCCUAAUUGUUUCGUCUUUGAUUAACAGGACAUAAAUGGAACAGUUAUCCUCACCCUCUCUUGGGCACGUGAGAUGAAAAGAAGUGAGGUUUCUCCUGUUGUUCUUGCUUUCCGUCAAAUUACAGGAUUCCAAGGGGAAAUCAUAUUUUCUGGAAUCCAUGAGCCUGCUUUGGAACCUAAUUUAGUGAUAACCACCCUCUUCGUUCUUGGGUAAGUGUUUAUGCUUGGCACAAGAUAUCUGCGAUAGAUCAAGUUCAGUUUCAGCAAAUCCAUGUUAAAAAAAAAUCAUGGACUUGAAUACUUCAUUAUGCCAUGGUGCCCAAGUUCCAAUGGUUCAGGCAUUUGUGUAGUUAUGUGUAUCAAGUGGCUCUUUUCUUCAGCAAUACAAAUGCUGCGUUUUUCAGAUGAUUUGUUUUACUCACAGAAUUCGCGCCAUCUCCAGCUGGAAUCUCAAAUUUGGCUUUAGGAUUUGGUAUUAUUGUGUCUUGACAGUAGAAAUCGUAAUAACUUUUCAUUGAUAAAUAAUUAUAGAUGCUGCUGACACCACAGUUGUGGAUAUCGUUUGAUUUCUCAUCAGGUGCAAUGAAGCUGCCUUUUCUCCAAAAAGGAGCUUUCUGUCUGGCCUUGCUUCCCAUUUCCCCUUUUUGUCUUCUCUUUUACCCAAAGACCGUUUGGGUCAAAGUAUUGAUCCUUCAGGUCGCACUCGUAGUACCCCAUCAGAUUAUGCCUUGUUGGCAUCCAGUGACUCCGAGAAGAGAAAUGGUAGUGCUGGAGAUCGUGAUGUUCUCUGGGAAGAACCAGAGACCGAAUCUUCUGGGAAGUAAGAUCAUCUAUGAUUUGAUGUUGUUGAAUUUUGCCUCGUGCAUUUUUUUUUUCAGCGUUCUGGUAUCAGCACUAGGCUAUUUUAGAGAAUUUUCUAUAAAUUUUACUCGAUUUUGCAGGACGUCUGGCGCUAGAAAUACCAAUGUCGGUAGACUGUUGGACGUUAACAUCGAUUCAGUUUCCACGGUUUAUACUGAAAUUGAUGAAGGUAUUUAUUAAGAAUUGCCCAUAAUAAACGUUGAUUUUAGAGAUGGGCCUAGACAAUCUAGUCAUUCUCAAAUGCUUUUUGCUGGGAUGGCUCGAUAACUCUACCACGAUAUCUAUCAGAGCCAUCAGUUGUUCUUUGGCUGAGCAUACCCCGGUUAUGCAGUGCACUUGACAAAGCCUAGAGACCAUCUUGCCCAAGAGAGGCUGUUUUAAGAUCUGUCCUUAAUUUGUUAUAAGAAGAAUAAACAUGAGAUUAUAAGAACAGUCCUACUUCACCAAUAGCCAAUCGGUUUUGAGUUGAAUGGCUCAAUAACUCUUAACAGCAUUAGUUGAUAUUGUAUCUGUUGUCACUUUGCCGUAAAAUAUCGUGUUUUACAUUCUUCUCUUCUUUGUUACCCCCCAUUGUUUCGUCAAGACGAAUCUGGCCAAGAGGAAGAGCAGCUCAGCAGCUCUGAUGUCGGUCCUGGGUUCAACAUGGCACAGCUUUGGGCUAAGGAGCGAGCAGCAUUAUCUGAAAGAGUGCCCGGUAACAGUAAAUCAAAAGUCUUCUCCCUUCCGGUUGGGAUAAAAUCCUCUGGAAAGGCCUCUGUUGUUUCUCAAUCCUUUGACAACAUGGACGCUGAAACGCUGGAUGAAAUAGGCAGGGAGUCCACGAGUAAGCAAGAACCAACUCUCUCAUAAUCAUUUGACCACAAGCUUCUCAGGUAACAUUUGACACACAUACCUCCGUGUUGGCAGCUCUCAUGAAAGGGAAAGGCUUUGAAAUACCCAGAAAGCGAGGAGCACUAACUGCUCGUGCGGAAUCAAUGCUGGUGAUUAUUGAUACCCUUGAGUCCACUUGAAUCAAUGUUUUUUGACAGUUACCUUCUCUUUUACUAGAUCUUUGUAUUGGUGCUGUUCUAGUUGUCCGAACUUAUUCUAUUAUUAAACAAACGGAUUGUUGUUGUUUCUAUCAUACGUUUUAUUUUAAGUUGUCAUCCAUGUAUAGCCGGCGGGCAUUAUGCUGCUGAACUGGGGUUCAUAGAUCUUUGCUUUCUACUAUUUUUGUUUUGAUGAUGUACAAACCCUACCUUCACCCAUGGGUCAUCAGCUGUCUCAUAUAACUGUGAAGAUUGUUAAUCGUUAAUGGCAUAUAACCAGCAUGUUGCAGUAAUCUUGUGGUCUUCUUUUCAAUCCCGUUUCCUGAUGUCGCUGCCAAGCAUGCUUUCGUUGAGUCUUGCAAAGUUUCACGGCUGCGCAUCUUCUCUGGGGAUUUCGUUCACUUGGGUCGGUCUGAAUUUUGAGGAGCCAUGAUUCGUCGGUGUUUUCUUGCAGGAGACUGAACGGGAAUCAGACAAAACCUGGACACCUGUGAUCCAGAUGCAGUACAGAGGUGGAACUUACAGAGGGCGGCGCCAAGGUGGUCUCCCAGAAGGGAAGGUACCAGUGGAACCCGAUCAAAAUGAAUUCUCAACCCGUGACUAGCAUUAUAUAUAUAUAUAUAUAUAUAUAUAUAUAUAUAUAUAUAUAAAUAGAGAGAUAGAGAGAGAGAGAGAGAGAGAGAGAGAGAGAGAGUGCCUCCAAGGUUUGUGGAGAUGUCUUCUGGCUCGCCCACUGCGGGCUGAUUCUCAGAGCUGAUCAAGAUAAUAGUACUUGGAUGAGCCAGGCACAAGGACUCCUACCGGGUGUGGGUUUCUUUUUUUGUCCUGCUAAUCCAAUUUUCCCAUAAUUACAAUAGAGGCAUUAUUUGCCAAAAUUCUUUUGACUGGGAUGCGAUGAUUUGAUCAUUGUCGGGCUUAUCAUUUUAUUUUAUUUUAUGUUAUUUUAUUUUAUUUUAUUUCCUGCAGGGCCGCCUAACCUUUGGAGACGGCAGCUUCUACGAUGGGAUGUGGAGGUCUGGGAGGAGAUGUGGUCUGGGCACAUUCUGCUACAGUAAUGGAGACGUUUUCCAAGGAGCAUGGAGGGAUGACCUCAUGCACGGCAAGGUACGUACGAACGAUACGCUCCAUCUCCCUUCUUUCCUCCUCCUCAUCUUUCUCCCAACGUGGGGUUGACUGGACUGAGAUAGCUAAUAGCCACCCAAAACAUGAACAAAUCCGCCGUCGGAGAUCCACUGCUUUUCUUCCUUUUUGUUUUAACCAGAAAUGCACGCUUUGCGAUUUUCUCCUUCUCUUGGGCACUUUUUUUUUUUUUUUUUUUCAAUUCCCCCACGCUUGGUUUUUCGUUGUUCGUUUUUUGUGCUCAAGAUGGGAGCGUCUUCUCCCAGGGCUGGUUCUAUUUCCAUUCUGGGGACCGCUGGUUCGCCAACUUCUGGAGAGGGAAGGCCAACGGCGAAGCGCGAUUCUACUCUAAGUCCGGCAGCGUGUUCUUCGGCCACUUCCGGGACGGCUGGCGUCACGGCCGGAGCCUCUUCAUUGACCAACAUGGAUUGAGGUAUCAUGUCCCCAUAUAUCCAUGUUUUUUUCAGUUACUUCACCCGGAUUUUAUUUGAAUUCUGAAUAUAUAUAUAUAUAAAAAAAAAUUCAAUUGCCUGGGUGGGUCUUUGCUACUCUAACUGAUGUUAUAUAUUUAUUUAUUUAUUAAUUAUUUUUUGUGUCUGUAGAUGGGCCGAGACAUGGGAGGAUGGUAUUCUUGUGGAGAUGGCCAGGGUGGAGUGA